AUGGAGGGUGAAUCUACAAGUUGUCGUCGUUUGAAUUUUGAAGGAAAUGAGGAUAUGUGGAACUCAAACUUUGAUGAUAUUGAUGAAGGCUUGAACAUUGAAAUCGAUUUGGAUAUACCACAAAUGGGAUUGGAAUUUGAGACAGAAGAAGAUGCAUAUCAAUUUUAUUUAGCAUAUGCUAAAAAGAUGAGAGAUGAUUAUGCAAAUUUUGGAGAUAUUGUUUGCUUUGACACAACCUACAGAAAGAACAAUGAAGGUCAGCCAAUUGCAUUGUUUGUAGGUGUUAAUCAUCAUAAACAAUCCAUACUAUUUGGUGCCGCUUUAUUAUAUGAUGAAACCAGUUUGACUUUUGAGUGGUUAUUUGAUACAUUAACUAGAGCUAUGGGUGAGAAAAAGCCAACUACUAUUCUUACAAAUCAAGAUGCAGCAAUGGCAAAGACAGACUUUGCUAAAGAUUUUGCCUCAUGUAUAUAUGAUUUUGAUGAAGAGGAAGAUUUUAUUUCAGCAUGGAACAUGAUGUUAGCCAAGUAUGUACUUGAAGACAAUGAUUGGUUGAGGCGCAUGCUUCUUGAUGAUCGUCGAUAUGAGGAAUUAAAAGCUGAUUUCAAAUCAAAUACAACUGUUCCCUAUUUAAUGUUUCCAAUUGAGAUUUUAAAGCAUGCUAGUGAAAUUUAUACUCCUGAGGUAUACAAGUGUUUUCAACAGGAGUGGUGCUUAUCUCAUGAUUCUAAUCUUGAAAUUUGUGAGGAUGUUGAUACAUUUGUAAAAUAUAAAGUUACUCCUCACAAAAAGAAAAACCAUCAUAUAGUUACACUUGAUAAGAAGUGUGAAAAAAUUGAGUGUAGCUGUAGAAAAUUUGAAUUUGCUGGGAUUUUGUGUUCUCAUAUUCUGAAAAUAUUUACGUGGAAAAAUAUCAUGAAGAUCCCAAGUGAUUAUGUAUUGAAAAGGUGGACAAGAAAAGCAAAAUUUGGAUAUUUUGGAGUAAAUGAUUCAAUGGCCAACAAUGCUAGUUUGGAUCCAAAAGUACUUCAAAACAUGCGUUACAAAGAGUUGUGUGGGUUGAAUGUUCAAUUGGUUACCAAGGCAGCAGAAAGGGAUGACACCUACAUGUUUGUUAAAGAUACUAUGUUGAGAUUGUGUAAGAUAGUGGAUGAUAAAUUACAAGUUAAUGAAUCAAAUGUCCAACAAUUAAAUGUGAGCCAAGCAUCUAGGGAAUUUGAUUAUGGUGAAGGGAACUCUACUGGAGUGAAAGGGAUUAAAAUGAAGAAGAAAACGGUGUCAGGUUGA